CAAUAAAAUUUGUUUUUCUAGAUCAGAGACAAUCGAACAGAGAUAAUUUUUGUUUUUAUUAGCAAAUGUUGCGUGUCCUUCCUAAAGCUUCAUCUACAUAAAUCGCAAACGCACAACGCAAACGCGAAGAACAAAAAAGAAAGGAAGUAAAAAAAAAUAGAGAGAAACGUCCGCGUUUGCGUUUGCGUUUUGCGUUUGCGACCUUUGUAGUGGGGCUUAAAUUAGAGCGAUGACGAGUCGCAAAGAUUAAUCGGUGCGAUGCAAAAUAAACAUUGGUGUAUGUUCAUAUGUACGGCCGUCAUACCACGAUCUAUCAGUCAAAGUACACAUGUACUCUGGAGGAACUAUCAGGAUGUAUUCAUUGUGAGAUGAUAAUCGGAUCGAACCGUUUAGAUAGUUUGCGUGCACGGAGCGGUGCGUAUAGUCAGGGCCUGGAUAGAGCAGCUCACACACCUCGCUGCCAAGCACUGACGCAAAAGUAUUGUUGUAUUCUGAGAAAUCCGAAAGAAAAUUAAAGCAAUAUAUUACCAAUUAAAAAAUAAUAGCAGCGUAUCUUGCGUGGCGUGGAUCGUGAAUGUAUCACGUUCGGGAAAUCUUUGAUCGUUUGAAAGUACGAGAGAUUUCGGUUCGUCUUCGUAAAUGGUUGAGCAGUUUUAGUCUACUUUUCUAGAAGGAUCACAAAUUAGAACGUAAUAAAAUUGCUCAAAGUGAAAUAUUCUCGAAGAGGAGUAAUCGUAAGCUUUACGGUCCACCCUCUUUUAGUCAUGAAUUCUGAAAUAGAAACUACAAAUCGUGAAGAUUCCGAUGUUGCACGCGACCUUCGCGAAAAGGGUAAAAGUGCGGCCAACGGAAACGCAUUGACGGAUGUUUUACGUGAGGCGACCGCCGAUGUACUGCAAAAAAGAACCCAGGAAAUAACAGAGGAUAAUACCGUUUUGAGGAACGUUAACAGCCGUAUUAAUGACAUUCCGACCGAGAUUCAGAAGAAGAUAGAAAUAUCUACGACGAAGAAUGGGGAUUUCUUAGACAGCUCGGAUAAAUAUCGUGACAAAAGGUCAUCCGGCAAGAAAGAUACGCUGCCGGAAAAGGAGUUCCUCGAAAGAGACUCAUUGCUCACCGAUCUCUUCAAGAUCCCGCACAUUCGCACGGUUUACAAUCUGUUCGUGAUGAUCCUCAUAAUUCUACUUUUUAAAAUUCUCGCGUCCGAUAUCAUGGAAUCAGGAACGAUCCGUGUUAGUACCGAUACAAUAUUGUAUAGUUUCGAAAAAUUUCCAACGUGCAUCUACAUUUGGUCCCUCAUGCAAGCUUCGAUACUGGGAGUCUACGUGGCUUUCAACCUUUGGGCGUAUCAGCGACUCCGAUUCUUACCAAAAUCCUUCAUCCGAAAAUUUUGGGAUUACGGCUGGCUAACAGUAUUUAUGUUGUAUCAAAUUCUUUUUAUUGUUUUUCCUACCAAAGCAGUGAUUGAAACGAAUCUUAGCAUAGCUUGCAGGGCCAUUGUUUUGUUAGAACAAGCACGCAUGUUAAUGAAGAAUCACGCUUUCGUGAGGAGCGCGGCGUCCAGAUUUUUGUCGUACAAACCCCACAGCGAAACUCCACAGCCGAGUGGCCCCAACUUCUCGCAAUAUUUGUAUUUCCUUUUCGCACCGACUCUUGUGUACCGUGACGAAUAUCCCAGGACGAAAAGAAUCAGAUGGAUGGUGGUGAUUCAGAAUUUUACCAAAGUCGGCGUAAUGAUCUUCUACAUCGCCUUUAUCAUGGACCUCGUACUACCAAUCAAUAGCGUGUUCGGAACACAGCCUCUAGAAAAGAAGUGGUUUGUCAAAAACAUGAUCGACUAUAGUAUUCUCCCUGGUAUUUUCCUCUUCUUCAUUACACAUCACCUCUUGCUACACGCGUGGAUGAACGCUUGGGCAGAAAUGUUGCGGUUUGCUGACCGAUUGUUUUACAAGGACUGGUGGAACUCCACAACUUAUCACACGUUCUACCGCACGUGGAACGUAGUAGUACACGACUGGCUGUACACGUACAUCUACAAGGACAUGUACGAGAUCGUGGUGCCGCGUAACCAAGUGCUGGCAGCCACCGCCGUAUUCCUCACCUCCGCCAUCGUCCAUGAAUAUAUACUAUCGUUCAUAUUGGGCUUCUUCUACCCGAUGCUGCUCAUCCAGUUCGUCGCCAUAGGCUUGCCCAUGUUCUUUGUCCGCAAGAUCAUCAGCAGCAACGUCUUUAUGUUGCUGACCUUGAGCCUGAGCAACGGCAUCAUGAUAUGUCUAUACUCAAUAGAGUGUUACGCCCGGAUCAACUGUCCACUUCAUUCCAGUUACUAUCUGGACCUGUUUAUACCGCGAAGCUGGAGUUGUUAAGAAUAAUUUAACGUCUGAUCAUUUCGUGAAUGUAAGGUGUAAGGUAACUUUGACUAUAUAAAUACUUAUAUAAUUGUUGGUAAUAAAAUCUUUAUGGGAUUAUGUAUUCUCUGCGCUCUGGUAUCAGAAACUAUUUACUGUCAUGUACGAGUUUGUAUAAUCAUUUAAUAUUAAACAAUAUUAAGCUAAUUUUAACAUUAAACUGGAAUAAAGCAAAGAAUAAUUUGUUGACAUAAAAAGUCGUAAUAGUAAAAAGACCAUUGAGGGUGCAGACCUAAUUGUUACUAAAUUGUGAUAAUUUAUUAGCAAUAAUGAUAAUAGUAGCAAUUCGUUUACAAAAUUGCACGGUCUUAAUUUCUCUUUUAUUUCGUUUUUUAAUACUUUCAACUCUUUCUAUUGAUGAAAAUUCGAAAUCAACAAAAAUAUUUUUUGCAUUUUUCCUGCAAAAAGAGCCUACUGUUAUCAUAAUUAAUGAUUUUUUGACCAUUUUUAAAUUAUAUACAAAAACGACAUAAUAAUACCGUUUUAUCACGUUUUUCAGUAAAAAUUAUUAACUUUACGUAAAUCGGUAAAAAUAUUUAGUCCAAUUUGUUUUUUUCGAAGAUGUUAUACUAUUGUGAUUGGUCCAUUUAAUGUUUAUCUAUUUAUUAUUUUAGAUUUUUCGUAUCUUUCAAUAAGUCUUUCGAGCUUCGUUUUUCUUUUAUUUUAUAUUUCAGUAAAAUUACGAUUAGAUAGUACUCACAGAGCAGCUAGAAAGAAAAAGUGAUGUUUAUAAAAAAAUAAUCUUUUAUUAUAAACGUAAUAGAAAAGUAAAAAAUAAAGCAAUUAUCAAAUAUGAAGUUGCGUACGAAUUUUCUAAAAUAGUUUAGAACAGUAAUAAUUUAGACUUAAUCAAUGAAAGCGAAAUCUAUAUGCCGAAAGCACGCGGUGUAUCGCGAACGCCCGGAAGUCAUAUUAAGAGAUAACAACAUGCUUGAAUUUCUAACUAAUUGUAAUAUUAAAUUAGCUGUAUAUAAAGAGGAAUUACGUUAUUAAAGAUACAAAGCACGAGGGUUUAUAUCAAAAGGGAUAAUUUUUAAUUAAUUGAAGCUUUACAUACGCCUUCUAAUUUCCGCAUGGCAACGAGAGAAGACGUACGUAUAUCUUCCUCCCUAUACAAAUUAAUUUAUGUCAUACAGUCGGUACACAUGUACAAUCCUCUCUUCACAAUUUAUAUAAUUAUUUCUUUUUUCACAUUAUAAUAUAUAUGUAUAUAUAUUUACAUAACUCCUUCCUUUUCCUUCCUCUCCCCUUCUCUAUCUCAUACAAAGAACAAAAUUCAACGAGAAAAAAUAUAGGAGGCGAGCACACGUCCACGUACAUAUAUAAUAUACAGUUCGUUGAUUUCCCUAACUUUAUACGACUUUUGAUUCCCAUUUUCCCGAUUUCGAUGCCGCGACGAAGCUACUUGCCUUUUCAUCCGUAAAAAUAAUCUGUACAACGAGAAUUGCCUUGUCGAACAUUCGCCUCUCUCUCUCUUUCUCUCUCUCUCUCUCUCUCUCUUAUUUUCUCUCACUGUCUUUCCUCAUCACACCGUCAUUCUCUCUUUCUCUCCAAUUUCUACUAGAUCGAAAAAUAUGGGGGAGUAACCAUUAUCUUAUUUACGGGGUUGCACACAUCUUAUUUAUAAACAUUUGUACCUAGAUCUGCGCGCUCGUUCGCUCAGGCAGUCGCGAUGCGAUACGAUUAACGAUCUUGAAAGCUACAGGUCGGAUUUCCUUCGUUCUCCAGAUCGAUCCUCCAUUCCAAGCUUUCCUGUAACUGAGCUGUCUCUCUUUCUAUACUAUCUCUCUAAUUUAAUUCACUUCGUGACUGAGACGAAGAGCGAAAAGGCAUUUCCGUUGCAUACAUGCUAUCAGAAUGAGAAUCGAGACCGAAAGGGAAAUCUUGAAAUAGAGGUGAUGCUCUUCUCGCCGAAUGUUAAAGCAAAGGAAAUCGCCGGUACGCGUACGUACAAUUGUUCAACGUGAUCUUCAACUCCUUUCGACAACGCGAAGGAUCCGAGAAGUCGAACCUGAACUGUCAAACCUUCGCACACUGUUGUCUGCAGGGGGGAAAAAGAUAUGCGACGAAAACGAACGCGGAAGCGCAACGUUUAUCAACAGCACCGCUCUAAAAUUCGUUAACGACUAAUCGGAACAAUGAGCUCCCCAUCCCGCUCAACAUUUUGUCUUGUGAUAAGAUAAUACACGGCUAUACGGAAAGAAUCCCUUUGCUGAAUCAUGUCGUUCGCAGCGUACGAGUUAUUUCCGACGUUGAUACCUCGUCGAUGCGAGCGUGCGAACGAUUUGCACUUAAUGAAUAGCGUAUUAUUAUUCUCUCAUUUUCUUUCUCUUUUUCUCUUCGAGAUCAGCGAGACUGCCGAUCCUGAGCUUCCAAAAUAUUACUUCUCUCAAUUUCGGGAAAGUAGCAAAAUUAAUCCACGUCAUGGUACACCUAUUAAAUAUACUAAAUUGAUAUUCUUAAUCCUUUUUCUCAUAUUCUCGUUCGAAUCGAAAAUUUAUUU